UCCGCCCCGUUCAUCCUGGAAGUGUUUGUAUUUACAGCUCGAGAUUCUCCAGCUUUCAUCAAUAAACCGAGUCGGAUCACACCUGGGUCGAGCGGAGGGUAUCACCAUGGCCUUUCAGGACUCUGAGGGACUGGAAGAACAGAUGGAAGACCCGGAAGAUACUCUGAGAGUUUCCCCGGCGGAGGAGAUGCCCGUCGAUGGGCCUCCAGCGGUAGAGGAGCCGCUGCUGCUGCCGUGGGACCGCUUCUCCUCCUGGCUGCACUGUAUCUGUGUGGUCGGCUUCGAUCUGGAGCUCGGCCAAGCUGUGGAGGUUAUCUAUCCUCACCACUCCAGACUCACUGAAAAAGAGAAAACGAAUAUAUGCUAUCUGUCAUUCCCGGACUCCAAUUCAGGUUGUCUCGGGGACACACAGUUCUGCUUCCGUUUCCGGCAGGCCGCAGGCAGGAAGUUGUCACUCGGAUGUUUCCUCGACCACUUCGACCGGGAUGCACCGGUCUGUCUCAAGAGAGAUCAGGGCUAUUACUACGGGUAUGUGUACUUCAGACAGGUGCGAGACAAGUCGCUCAAGAGAGGCUACUUUCAGAAGUCUCUGGUCCUCAUCAGCAAGCUGCCCUACGUGACCUUUUUCCACUCUUUGCUGAAGCUCAUCGCCCCUGAAUACUUUGAGAAACAGGAGCCGUUUUUAGAGGCCGCAUGUAAUGAUAUUGACCGCUGGCCCACGCCGUUUCCGGGGAAGAUCCUCACGCUCCCCAUCAUGGGUGUGGUCAUGAAGUUGCGAAUCCCCACGUGUUACGACAAGCCUGGAACGUCUCAGCUUGUCCAGUCCGCGCCGAGCGACAGUCUAGUGUCCAUCGUUCUGCCCACCGUCCAUGAAGUGGAUCUCUUCAGGUGUUUCCAUCCAGUGUUUUUUCAUAUUCAGAUGUUAUGGGAGCUUGUGUUGCUCGGUGAAGCGUUGGUGGUCAUGGCCCCAUCACCGGCAGAAUCUUCAGACACUGUUUUGGCAUUGGUCAGCUGUAUCUCUCCUCUGCGCUACUGCAGUGAUUUCCGGCCGUAUUUCACCAUUCAUGACAGUGAGUUUAAGGAAUACACCACUCGAACACAAGCUCCGCCUUCAGUCAUUCUGGGAGUUACAAACCCAUUUUUCGCCAAAACUCUGCAGCACUGGCCUCACAUCAUCCGCAUCGGAGACAUGAAACAAGCAGGAGAGAUGGCCAAACAAAUGAAAGUGAAGAAACUAAAAAACCUGAAGACUUUGGACUCAAAGCCUGGUGUCUACACUGCAUAUAAACCCUUCCUGAACAAAGACGAGGACAUUAUCAAGCAGCUGCAGAAGGGAGUCCAGCAGAAGCGUCCUUCAGCGGCCCAGAAUGCAAUUCUGCGUCGAUAUUUCCUGGAACUUACACAGAGUUUCAUCAUACCACUGGAGCGUUAUGUGGCCAGUCUAAUGCCUCUACAGAAGAGCAUCUCUCCCUGGAAAAGUCCUCCCCAGCUUCGACCGUUCAACCAGGAGGAGUUUAUGAAGACGCUGGAGAAGGCCGGACCUCAGCUCACCUCACGACUCAAAGGAGACUGGAUCGGCCUCUACAGGCAGUUCCUGAGGACUCCGAACUUCGACGGCUGGUUCAGGAACCGCAGGAAGGAGAUGACGCAGAAGCUGGAAGCUCUUCAUCUGGAGGCGCUGUGUGAGGAAGACCUGCAGCUGCGGAUACAGAAACACACAGAGGUGGAGACGGUCGACCUGGUGCUCAAACUCAAGGAGAAACUGACUCAGGCCGAGAAGGAUCAGCUUCCUGUCAAAACAGGAACUCUUCCCAAACUACAGGCCCAUAUCGAGAGCAUCAUCCUGUCUCUUCCAGAGGACCUGCAGGGCAUCUUACACAAACCGCCGAGCCCCUGACCCUCAGCCACAGACACGUGCUAGAUUUCUCUGCUGGAUCCUCCUCAAGUGCACUUGUUGCUGCCCUUGAACUGACAAUGCUGGCAUUGCCAAAAACCACACAGGAAGUGACUGUGCCUGAGCGUGAGAGGGGCGAAUGUUGGCAGAAUGAUGCACGUGUGUCACGGACACAUUCUGAGUCUCUCUGCUGUAAGUCUCACCGUGUGAGAUUAAAAUUCCCUUUGCUUUUAAACAUGAAGAUGGAGUCAGGAAAGAGAGAUCUGUGAAAGAUUGUGCUGUGACACCAGAACAUCUGGAGCAAGAACAUCAAAUCGGCUUCAUAAGAACACAUCCAGGUCAUCUGUAACCUCAAAAUCAGGAAAUUAUAGUUUGCAUAAAGUAAAGGAAGCCUAUUUUAAGUCCAUUAAGUCUAAUGUGUUUACAUUCUGUAAUGAUCCUGAGAUUUUCUUAUUCCCAUUUUUCAUGACUGCUUAUUAUUGCGUAAUUUAACAGAAGAAAAAGAAAACAGAACAGAAAAAAGCAAAACUAUUACUGAACUAAUAUAAAAAAUUCUACUGCUGUCAAUUCUGUCAAAAUGAGGUGUGUUGCAUUACAGUAAUGGAAAUUAAUAUUUUCAUGAUAAUUAAUAACAUUUACCCCAGAGUUUUCCAU